AUGGCCAAUUCUCCGACUCCAUCCCACGUUCUCAACGCUGAAACCAACAAACCGACGCUUUUCAGCAAUGUCUCGAAGAAAGCCUCGGAAUAUCAUUCGCGUGUGCCGUAUAUCAGCAAGCUCCCGUUUCCUGCAAUCGCAAUUAUUGUAACGCUCAUUGUCGUCAAUUUGAUUGUUUGGGCUGCCGUUGGGGUCGUUCUCCACUUUAAUACGCCACUAGUAUCAACAGCUAUUCUAUCCUAUACCCUUGGACUUCGUCAUGCAUUGGAUGCAGAUCACAUCUCCGCCAUCGAUCUCAUGACCCGGCGUCUCAUCGCCGCAGGCCAGCGACCGGUGACUGUAGGCAUGUUCUUCUCGCUCGGACACAGCACAAUAGUGAUCAUUACUUCGCUCAUCGUCGCUGGUACUGCGGCCGCUGUCUCAUCAAAGUUCGAUAGCUUCGAGCGCAUUGGCGGCAUCAUUGGCACUUCCGUAUCCGCGGUCUUCCUCCUGCUCUUGGGCCUCAUGAACAUCUAUAUAUUGUACAAGCUAAUCGUCCAGAUGCGUAAGAUACUCGAAUCAGAACCAGGUCAGGAGCAUGCGGAGUUCAAGAUUCAGGGCGGCGGUUGCCUUUUCCCAAUCUUACAGAAGCUCUUCAAACUCGUCGACCGACCCUGGAAGAUGUACCCACUAGGCGUUCUUUUCGGGCUGGGUUUCGACACGUCCUCCGAAAUAGCUAUUCUUGGUAUAUCAUCUAUUCAGGCAACGAAAGGCACAUCGAUUUGGCUGAUCCUCAUAUUUCCGCUUCUCUUCACGGCUGGAAUGUGCCUUCUGGACACAACCGACGGUGCGCUGAUGAUGAGUUUGUACACCAGUACCCAGCUAGCAAGAGAUCCGAUUGCGAUAUGCUACUACAGCAUCGUACUCACGGUCAUCACAGUGAUUGUAGCGAUCAUCAUAGGCACUGUUCAAUUCCUCAACUUGAUCUUGAACGUCGCGGAGCCGGACGGACGGUUCUGGGACGGAGUUGAGAGGCUGGGUGACAGCUGGGAUAUAGUCGGCGGGGCCAUUUGCGGCGCGUUCGUCGUCUUCGGGGGUCUCAGUGUCUUGCUGUACAAGCCGUGGAGGCGCCGCGUUGACAAGAAGAGACUCGGCAAUGCGCACUUUGAGCCGCUUUCGCAAGCUCCUGAUGAUAUCGUUCCCAUCGAGGGCGAACCGCAGCAGUGCAGUCAGGGCAGGUCCACCAAAGACGUAGAUGUUGUAGUGCAGUCUGCUGAAGUACCAGACUUUGCUGGACCGGCACAUCGCUAA